CCAGUUUAGUAGCGGCGGCCACCGGCGACUGACGAGCGAUCAGAACGAUCAGAGCGAUCAGUCCGCCGAGUUCAAACCACCGUACAAAUAAACUAGAUUGCAACUGCGUCAGUAUUUGUGGGUGCCUGCGAGUGUCUGUGUGUGUGUGUGAGUGAGCGGGCGAGCUUAGCCAAUUUCUACGGGUAUAGGCAUAUAUAUAGUAGCGCCAGAAGUCGCGUACGCGCAUUCGAGCAUCAACAUCAACGGCCAACGUCUAACGGUCGAAACGGUCGCAAUCGAACGAAAUCGAAAACGAAGAAUCGAAGCCGAACGCAAAUAGUAAUCGAAGCAAUUCGAUAAAACCCGAUCACUUCCGGUGUGUGUGUUUGUGAGUGUGUUGUAAAAGUGAUGGCAACUGAAUAAAGGCUGCAUCUCCCUCUUUCGCACUGGCGACUUACGCACCCAGCAGCAAAAAGUAAUAAUAAUAAUAAUAAAAUCAGCAACAGCAAGCUCUGCUAAUUUUAAACGGUAAUCCCAUGUUUUUGUUCUUGCACAAAUUUAUUGUAGUCCAACGUAGCUGUGAGUGUGAUAGUGUGCUUUUGCCAGUGUGUGUGUCUGUGUGUGGUCGCGUUUGUUAUUUGUUUAUCGCUGUCCACGCAUUUUCCGCUCGCUCGAAAUAUAUAAUUUUGUAAUAUUUGUAAAUCGAUAACUGAUAAGGGACAACGAUUCCGAAAUUCCAGACGGCGAACGCCAACCUCGACGUGAACGUGAACGUGGAUGUGGAUGUGGCUGUGGAUGUGGAUGUGACAGUGGAUGCGAAUGCUAGUGCGGAUUAUGCAACUGCGGCCAGACGCUGGAGAGAUCGAGAGGGGUUCGCAGAUAGACGACUUAAUUAUCAGUGCCAGAUUAUUAUCACCGCAGCGGCGAUGCAGCGACGGUGACGGUUGCAGAGCACACCGGUUGCGGAAUGCAUUUAGUUACCUGACCAUUUCAAAAACAACCGAGCCGCCGACGAGCAGCGAACAGGAGCUCUCCCAGCCGAAAUAUCCGGAGUGAUAAUUGCCCAUAAUUGAAGGAAAUUAACAGAGGAGAAGGGAGGCGCAGGAGAAGGAGGAGGAGGAGGAGGAGGAGGAGACCUUAAAAGCCUGUAAAAUCCCAAUAAACCCGAGAUGUUGCCCACGGACAAGGGCAGUUUGACGGCCGGCAGGCCGCAAAAAUCUCAUUGCCAUGGAUCGGUAUCCGUGUCGGAUCAGCAGCUCCUGCAGCACCUCCAUCCACACACGCAUCCGCGUCCAGUGCACCUGCCACCCGCACAUGCCACACACUCACCCGCCUGCGAGAAGCGCUUGGAGGCGGAGACGCCGCGCCGGGAUCUCCACGAGCUGCUGCUCGAGCUGCUGGACAUGAUGAUGUCCUGCCUGGUGGUGGCUCCCUGUGUGAUCGCCUACUGGCGUGGCACCUGGGAACUGAUGUUCGUCUACCUGUUUCCCGGCAGCUUGCCGCUGUCUGCGAUGGCCAGCUUUCUGAUCGGCGGACUGGGGCACUUCUUCUUCACAGUCACACAGAACUUCUUCAAGGAGCACAUCCAUCCGGACCGGAGGCGACUCACAUACUACGCCGUAUCGCGUCUCUAUACGGCCGUAUUCGGCAUCGUUUGCGUGAAUAUGUGGCGUGGUGCCUGGCUGCUCUGCGAUUGGCUGACCAGUGUGGACUCUCUGAUCAUUGUGUCCGUGGUCACGGCCAUCGCGCUCAUCUUUCUGGUAGCCACACGCACUCUGCGGAACCUCGGAGCAGCUCCCUACACCGUUACCAUGGAUCACAAGAGUGACUACUUUGAGGUGGACACCAUGUUCAAAAUACCCGGUUUUCAUCAACCUGGCCUUUACAUUUUGGACACCCUCUUCUCGGUCUUUGUGAUCGGCAGCCUGGUGGUCAUCGCUUGGCGCGGCGUCUGGGGAAUCUUUGACCUGCUGCUGUUCCCGGCGGACAAGGCCAAAUCGGCCUGGGGAUCGCUGCUCAUUGGAUAUCUGACGGUUUUUGUGACCUUCCUUAUUCACCCACUGAUGAGGUACGUUUGUCGUCGGAUCAGCGGAAUCCUCAAGCUGAUCAUAUGCGACAUCUACUAUCUAAUGACUUUCUUUGGAGCUGUGAACGCCUGGCGCGGCAUCUGGAAUCUGCUGGAUGUGUAUCUGUAUCCAGAUAACAAGCUGCUGAGCUUCUGGCUGACACAUAUCGUUCCUUUCCUGCUCCUCGCUGCCCUCAAGUGCUCCAAUUCCAUCCUGGUGCGCGGCGUGUUCAUCGACGCCGAGGGCGUGGGCGCCGAUAGCGUCGAUAUACCCAUUAACUAUGUGCGACUGCACUUCCUCCGCGAGCGUCGGAAGAAGGCGGGCCUUCAAGCCACAUCGCAGCCUCCGCCGCCGCAUUACUAUCUAAAACCGGAGCACGUCUCAAUCGGCCGGAAUGCGGAGAAGGACAAGGAGGCACAGAGUAGCCUCAUCGAGAAACCACAUGCCGCCGUGCAGAUCGUUUAGGAAUUCGGAUUCCAGGCGCAUGGCUAGCGUUUCUAUGUCUAGUUGGUAACCUAGUUGUAAUCGCCUAAGCUUAAUCGUAUUGAGCUUACUUAAGAGUCAGUUGUUUAGCAUUAACCAUAGAUGUGGUCUCUAUCCCGAUCGCAAAUCCCAAAACUGUACAGAAAUUUAAGGAUCGACGUAUCUAGAGUUUAAGUAUAUAUGCAUUUUUCACAGCAGGUUUAUGUUUUUCGAAUUUUAACCUGGUGACGAAGGCAACCUCACCCACUCACAUUUUAGCUAAGUGUUUAGCUAACGAUUCAAUUACGAGUAUAAACAUUGUACAUUGGUAUUUUCAUAUAUCGCAAGCAGCAAAUAAAUUAAUUUGUAAAUACUACGUAUAAAAUAUAUAACCAAACCAC